GAUGUCACUGAAAUUGAAGAGCAAGAGGCACAAGCUAAACAGGAGGAGCAGAUUAUGAAAGAGCAAGAGCUUUCUAACCUGCUUCAUGAGAAAAGAUACCUCAAAGCUUUAGGGCUGGCAAUCUCUCUGGAUCGUCCGCACACAGUGUUGAUGGUGGUCAAAGCCAUCCUCAAGGAAACCGAUGGGAGAAAGCACUUGGAAGAGAACAUUGUUCGGCUCCGGAAGGAUCAGAAAGAGGCGGUGUUAACGUUCUUGGUGACGUGGAAUACGAACUCUCGAAACUGCCAUGAAGCCCAAGCUGUCAUUGAAACCCUCCUGAAGCACGAAGCACCGGACAGCCUCCUGCAGUACUCAGGCAUUAAAUCUGCUGUGGAGUCCCUGCUGCCUUACACCGAGCGCCAUUUCCAGAGACUGAGCCGAUUGCUACAGGCCUCCAUGUUCAUUGAUUUCAUGUGGCAAAACAUGAGGCUGGCUGAUGUGUCCCAGCAGGAAGACAUGACUUUGUGA